UUCAGGACCGACAUGUUAGGUUGAGUAGGAGAUAGUUUUGUUUCCCUGUUGAAUUUAUCAUCAAGAUUUGUCUUCUACAUAUUUAGGCAACUUUUAAACUUCUUAAGAUUCAUCUGAACUUGAGGAAAAUACCGAUUUAAAACUUUUAAAAGUCGCGAAUUUUACUUUCACUUUUAUCGUUGGAGCCGAUGGCGCAGAAAGAAUCAGCUGCAUUUUGAAAACCAAAUGUUGGUCUCCAGCUGAGCUUCUUCUGGUGUUUCCAGCACAGUGACAAUAUGGCCGCUGCUGCAACAUCUGAGGAAGUGAGGGAGAGACCUCUGAGCCACAGCAGCAGCAUCCCAUGGCUUCCCCCUUACAUGUCUGAGCUGAGGGUUGUUCUGCUGGGGAACAGCUGGUCUGAGAGGAGUUCAGUGGGGAACUUCAUACUGGGAGAGACUGCGUUCAACACUGAGGAAGAACCAGACUGCUGUCAGAGAUUCACAGGACAUUUGAAGAAGAAAGAAAUAGUUCUCAUCAACACCCCAGAUCUGCUGCAUUACAACAUCUCUGAACACAAACUGACAGAACAUGUGGAAAGCAUUGUGAGUCUCUCUGCUCCUGGACCUCAUGUGUUCCUGCUGGUUCUACAGCCUGAAGACUUCACUGAGGAACAGAAACUGAAGCUCUGCAGAGUCCUGAAACUCUUCAGUGUUAAAUCAUUUGAUCGAUCACUGGUUCUGAUAUCAACACCCAGAGAAGAGAGUUCAGGUGGAAACUACAUGAACCAUCCACCCUUGAAGGACAUGAUCAAAACAUGUAGGUACAGAUACUUGUGGCAGAAGAACCUUGAACUUUCAGAGCUGUUAACACGCUUGGGUCAAACUGCAAAGGAAAACAAUGGAGAUCAUCUGAGCUGUGAUGUGUUUGAGGAUGAGGAUCCAGGUUUAACCAUGACACCGAAGUCUGAACACAUGAAACCAGCUUUAAACCUGGUUCUGUGUGGGAGGAGAGGAGCAGGGAAGACUUCAGCAGCCGAGGCCAUUUUAGGUCAGACAGAGCUUCAUUCAGUCUCCAGCUCAUCAGAGUGUGUUAAACAUCAGGGAGAGGUGAGAGGACGUCAGGUUUCCCUGGUGGAGCUCCCUGCCUUGUAUGGAAAACCUCUGGAGGAAUCACUCAGGUGUAUCUCCCUCUGUGAUCCUGAGGGCGUCCAUGCCUUCAUCCUGGUCCUACCUGUGGGUCCCCUCACUGAUGAAGACAAGAAAGAGUUAGAGACCAUCCAGAACUCAUUCAGCUCUCAAAUCAAUGAAUUCACCAUGAUUCUGUUCACUGUGGAGUCAGAUCCUGCAGCUCCAGCUGUUGUUGGCUUUAUAAGAAAGAGCAGAGACAUCCAGGAGCUGCUUCAGAGCUGUGGAGGAAGAUCUGUUGUUGUCAACAUCAAGAACAAACAGCAGAUCUCUGAGCUGUUGGAGGCUGUGGACAAGAUGAGAGUUGAAGGAUCCAGGUGCUUCACAAAGGACAUGUUCACCAAGGCUCAGAUGGAGAAGGUUACACAACUCAAAGCUGAACUUCAGGGUGUCAGACAGAGGAGUGGGAUGGGAGGUGAUGAUGAGAGGCAGAGCAGAGAGCCUCUCAGGAUGGUGCUGAUUGGGAAGACUGGCAGUGGGAAGAGUGCAACAGCAAACACCAUUCUGGGCAAAAAGCAGUUCAAACCCAGAAUCGUCCCAAAACCACCGACCACGUCUUGUGAAACAGCAACUGGAGAGAUUGAUGGACGGCCUGUUGUUGUGGUCAACACCCCCGGCUUGUUUGAUACAACUCUCUCUGAUGAUCAAAUGAAACAGGAGCUUCAGAGAUGCUUCAGCAUGUUGGCUCCUGGACCUCAUGUGUUCUUACUGGUUCUGCAGAUCGGGAACUUCACGCCAGAGGAGAAAGAGUCUGUGGAACUGAUCAAGAGGGUUUUUGGCCAAAAGUCUGGAGAUUUCAUCAUCAUUAUAUUCACCAGAGGAGAUGAACUGGACGAUCAGCCAUUUGAGAGUUACCUUCAAGAUUGUGACGACUUUGUCAAACAACUAAUAAACGACUGUGGAGGAAGAUAUCAGGUCUUUAAUAACAAAGAUGAAUCAAACCGCACACAAGUCCAGGAGCUGCUGACCAAGAUCGAAACCAUGGUAACGCUAAAUGGUGGCAGCUGCUACAACGCUGAGAUGUUUGAUGACACAGAGCAAUCCACAAAAAUACAAGUGGAGAGGAUGAGGAAAGAGAAGGAAGAAGAGAUGAAGGAGAUGAAGAGAAAUCAUGAGGAAGAAGUGAAAAAACUGAAAAGGAAAGUCAGUGAUCAGAGAGAAGAAAUUGAACAGGAGAGAAAACUAAGAUCAAAACAGCUGAAGGACAAAGAAAAAUGCAUCAACAAAGAGCGCGAGGAGAGAAAGAAAGAACGAGAGGAAUACGAAAACAGACGGAAAAAACAAGAAGAAACUCUACGACAGGAUUGGAAAAGAAAACUGGAAGCUUCAGAGAAAAGAGUUCAGUCAGAAAGAGAGCAAAAGGAAACUGCUGAGAGGAAACUGGAGCAGAGUAGAAAAGACAUGAAGAGAGAUCGAGAGGUCUGGGAUAAGGAAAAAAAGGACAUGUGGGAACGAAUGAAUCAGGACCUAAAACAGAACCUGGAGGAGGAGAAAACAAGCUUCAGAAAACUCCAAGAUGAGUACCAUCAUAAGAGAAGAAAAUGGACAUAUUCUUUUUUUGGGCUGAUGUUGUCUUUAACAUUAGUAUUAUGUUAUGUAUUUCUGAAAUAGGCAUCGACACUUCAGAGCUCUGAGCCAAUAGAACUCAUGAAGAGUUUUACAACUCGGUAGUCAGGACAAAGACGAAUGCAUCAGCAAGCAGCAUUAGGAAAAGAAUUCAGAUCUAAAGUGGUUGUAAUUAUCUUACAAUGGUUGUAUUUUUUAAAAAUGUUUUGACUCAAUCACAGUGUAAGUGUGAAAUUGACUUGAGUAUGCAUGACAGUUUUUAAGAGUGCACCUUUGUUUCAAUGAGAUGUAACUUUGGCCAU